CCCAAGUAUCAGAAUAUAAAAAAUUAGUUCAGAAUUUACAAACAGCAAAAAGUUUAAUAGACAGUUUAACCAAAAACAUUAAUGAUAAAAAAUUGACCGAAACUAAAAAUUACUUAAUUAGUUUUCAUCAGGAACUGCAAAAAGAUUCUAAAAAUCGUAUUUGGCAGGGUGCUUGUCAAGUUCUAAUAAAAAUAAAAAGCAAGCAAAAAGAAUUUCAACAAACCUGUGAAAGUUUAGAAAACAGUGCAGAACAAAGAGAGUUAACCAAACAACUUUCUAUUGCUGAUAAAUUAACA